AUGCUCCAUCAACAGUAUGCUUCAAUUAUGCUCGGCACUGUGGUUUCGGGCGGCCUGUGUUGGAAUGCAAUACUAAUCUAUACACUUUACAACACAGCACCGCUUGUGCGACUGCAUUCGCAAGAUUCGGUUCGUCCAUCUGACAUAGCCCAGCACCUGCAGCACACCACACCCAUGCUGAAGAUGGCCUCCGUAGCCGGUUUGCCUGAGCUCGACCUGGAUAACCUGGGUUUGCUGAAUGUGAUGUCCGAGGGCGCUGAAAAAGUUGCACUCACUGCCAUUGAUGAUAUUAUAGAUCUGCCCGUCUGGCUGAGGGGGGAGACACCCGAUGAAAUGGGAGCACUACGUAACUCUACUGCUUGUGUGGUGAUCCUUGUCGGAUCCGAGAAGGAUUCUAGCGACUUUGAUGCAUUCUACUUUUAUUUCUACUCGUACAACCGGGGCCCUAACAUCACCCAGGUAUUAGCACCUAUCAAGGGUCUAAUUGAGGACAGUCUGGAAGGCGGCAUGCAUUUCGGAGACCACGUUGGGGACUGGGAGUAUAAUAUGGUUCGCUUCCGUAAAGGGCGGCCUACUGGACUCCAUUUCAGUCAGCAUUCCGAUGGAGCUACAUAUGACUGGGACGACCCAAGUCUAUCAAAAGAUAACGGACGGCCUUUGGUAUACAGCGCAUACGGCUCUCAUGCAAACUACAUAUCUGCCGGGGAUCACGUCCAUGAUUCUGUGUUACUCGACUACUGUGAUGCAGGUCAAUUAUGGGACCCAGUUUCCUCGGCAUACUUUUAUCAUCUGGAGCCUGUCACUUUUGAGCUAACUCGAAUGUUCUUAUUCGAUCCACCGAAAGAGUCCAAUCUCACGUCGUUUGUCUACUUUUCCGGUCUCUGGGGCGAUCUACAGUAUGAAGAUGAGGAUACUCGCCAAAGCACGGUUCCGUAUUUUGGCUUGAAACGCUACGUCUCUGGUCCAUCAGGUCCAAUUACAAAGCACCUCGUAAGAAGAGGACUUUUCCCUGACCAACGUGAGAGAAAGUCCUGGUUGCAAUGGGGUAUUGGCAUUUUCAUGUCACUAUACCCUUGCUGCCUACGUGGAUGGAAAGCGUGGGCAUCGGGCACAAUGAUCAUUGUGAUAUUGAUCGUAAUAGUGAUCAUGGUUCGGUACGCUGUGAAACAGUCUCAGUUAAAGGGGCGAGGAUACAAAAAGAUCGAAAGUACUGAGGACAUACCACCCAACGACAUUGAGAACAGUGGAUAA